UUUUUCUCAUGAUGACUCUCCACUGGUUCUGUAGCUUUAGUUGGUUCACCUUUGCCAGCUUCUCCUCCUUCUCCAGUUUGUCCUGCAGCAACAUGACGAGCAAUGAUGUACAGUCUGGCGAAUGCAGCCGACCUUGAGAAACCGCGCCAGCAGCUCCUCUUUCUUGCGCCUGUUUUCCUCUUCCUGCAGCCGCAGGUUCUCCAGGAAGGCCUGCCGUUCCUCCUCGGGCAUCUUGGCCAGCCUUUUCGCCAACUUCUUGUCAAUGUUCGCCAUCUUCGGGGGUGUUUGUGAACGUGUUGCCAUGGUAACUUUCUAAAUAAAGCGCACCUCCAAAUCAGCUGAGCGCCUGAGCUCACCUAUGGUUGAAAGAGAUGUCCACUACAGGGAAGAAGAAACGGAGAAGAGUUGGCAUAGUCGGAUUUGGAAGACUGGGGCGCUACCUGUACAAUGCGCUGGGGACGGACCUCGCUGGAGACCACGAGGUGGCGUUCGUGUGGAACCGAUCAGAGGACAAGAUGCUGGACGCGGUCCCCCAGCAUCUGGUGCUGCGUGACCUCGGAGAGGUUGGCUCCAUGAGCCCCGACCUGAUAGUGGAGGUAGCUCAUCCCUCUGUGGUGGCAGAGUUUGGCCAGCUCCUCCUGCAGACCGCCGAUUUCAUGGUAGGGUCCCCCACUGCCCUGGCUGAGGCUGCCGUGGAAAGGAACCUAUUGAGAGAGGCUCGGGAUGGAGCUCACGGGCUCUACGUGCCUGCCGGCGCCUUCUGGGGAGGACAAGACAUACAGAAAAUGGCCGACAGGGGAACUCUGAGAGGUCUGAAGGUAACGAUGAAGAAGCAUCCAUCUGCGUUCAAACUGACAGGUCGUCUAGCUGAGCUAGUGAAGACGGUCGGAGACGAUCCUCUCACUCUGUACGAUGGUCCGGUGAGAGGACUCUGCCCUCUGGCUCCAAACAACGUGAACACAAUGGCCUGUGCAGCCAUUGCUGCCCACAACCUGGGGUUCGAUGGAGUCAUCGGUUGCCUGGUGGCUGAUCCAAGUUUGGCGAGUCACGUGGUGGAGGUGGAUGUCUAUGGACCUGGAUCUGCAGGGACUGGCUCCGAUGAUAAGAACUGCUUCACUGUCAAAACCGUGCGGAGUAACCCAGCAGCCUCUGGAGUUGUGACAGGCCACCAGACCUAUUCUUCCUUCCUCAGCAGUUUGCUCUGUUCCAAGGGGGGAGGACCGGGAGUGCAUUUAUGCUGACUGCUUUUAUAAAUGGAUAUUUGAACAUCGAGCUUUCACCGUGAUUCCAUGGUGUAGCGGUUAUCACGUGAGUCUAACACACUCAAGGUCCCCGGUUCGAUCCCGGGUGGAAUAACUUUUUCUUUUCGCUUUCUUCACUUUUUGUAACUUAUAUUGUUCUAAAAAAUUUAAUAUAUCAGCAUAAAACAUGUAUUAAAAUAUAUAUAGUUGUUUUGCAGUCCAGGUCCGUUUACACAAUGGCAUGUUCUCCCUCCAAAGCCUUGAUCUCGUCUU